AGCAAAAUGAAAUUCAAAGUGCCUAAAUUAUUAAAAUCAGUAAGGUAUUCGUUAGGGGCGAUAAAUGGAUUAUUUUUGGUGACAGGGAUAAUAAUGCUGAUUACUGGAGUUGCAAUUUUGGUUCAAUACCUGCAUUAUGAGUUGUUGAUUACUGACAAGUUCUUCAGCCUACCACGAUUUGCUGUGAGCAUUGGCGUUAUCAUCAUUCUGGUGUCCAUUCUCGGCUUUUACGGUGCUGUAUCGGAGAGCUUCUAUUUCAUAGCAGCGUAUGUGGUGUUAUUGAUUAUCGUGCUAAUUUUCGAGAUGUCAGUAGUCAUAGUCAGCUAUGGUCUUAAAAAUAACGCAGCUUCAGAGAUAAGGGCGACAAUGGAAGAAAGUAGGCAGCUAUAUGGUUCUCGAAGGGAGAUUACAAUAAUAUGGGAUGAUAUGCAAAUGAAUUUCGAAUGCUGCGGUGUAGCCGGUCGGCAUGACUGGAGUAAUAGUCAAGUUCCAGUGAGUUGUUGUUACAUCGAAUACGGCACUGUAUCCCCUUUUGAAUGCGGUUUGUCGAAUGCGUAUACUACAGGCUGCGCUGCCGCCCUCGGCGAAUGGCUGAGCUACAAGGCUCGUGCUCUGGCCAUUACUUCGUUGAUUGUUACCUGUUUACAGGUGUUAAUAACAGCAGCUGCAGCAUGGCUCGCCUACAGAUCUAAGUACUCAGGGGUUGAAUUAGAAUCAUAAAAUAAGUACUAACUAUUUCUACUACUGUUUUUAUCGAUGUUUGCAUGCUUUAGGAUGAUAGGACAGCGUUUUGAUAAUUCUAGGAUCAACAAGAUGUCAUGUGUAGCGAAAUAGUCACGUUAUAAGUGUUUAAGUGAACUUAUGUUGUAAAAGGAAAGAAUUUCUUUGUUUGUUCUCGACAGAUUCCACUUCCUUGAACUAUUUUAAAUAUUCUUUUUAUACAAUUUCAAUAGUCAUCCGGAAUGGUAAUCCGCGUGUGUCACAUGAUGACAUGAUGUCUUUGUUGUUCUUGUAAUAGCAAUGCCUGUCAUUUACUGUCA